AGAGAGAGAGAGAAGAGAAGAGGGGGCUGUGUGUGUCUGCUCUUCUGAAGGUAACCGCACUGCUAUAAACCACCUUAGUGGCAGUGGUAAGGAGAUAUUUGGGCUUUUUGGAUUUUUUUUAUGCAACUGGAAUUUCCACUCUGGAUAGCUGCACAGUUGGACGUGUUGAGAGGGUGUGUUUUUUAAGAAGGAUUUUUUUCCCCCCCAGAUCAUUUGGGUAUUUAAAUGGCGGAUAGCUAUUGGCCUCUCAGGACCCCAGCACAUCAUUUACUUUCAGGGUCUCCAUCCUUCCGCCUUGCCUACCCUGCUAGCCAGCCUAUGCCUUUGCAGUUUCUCGUUCCUGUGCUCCUCUGCUCUCUUGCUGUCGAGUAUGUGUGUGUGUCAGGAGUUGGGGGGCGGGGGUUGGCUUUGGAACGAGGAGGUGAGGCAGGGGGGGCACUGAUUUGAAGAACUGGUGUAUCCGAAAAACACCCGCUUGAACAACAUUAAAAAAAAAAAAGAAAAAAAGAAAGAAACACCGAAUGGAUUUCAGUUUAUUGCUUCUUGGCAUUGGAAUUAGCAGGAGAAAGCCGAUUACUACAUCCAUACCACCUUCUCAGCUCAUCGCUGGAGGAUUCUUGCCGGACUACUGCUGAAACAAUAAUUUACAAUAAUUGCAAAAAAAAAAAAAAAAAUUCAAUCACAGAAAACCAUUUUUCAAAAAAAAAUCCUAAAGAACAUAAAAUAUGGAAAGAUUGCGAGCCCAGGGACUUUCAGGAGCCCUCAUUGUGGGGAUUUCCUGCCUGCAGGUGAGCUGAUUUCCCACUUCUUACUUACCCAUUUAUUUUAUUUGUUCUUCUUCUUUUUGUGGUCAUUGUUAGCAUACUGUUCAUCCUGCUCGUUCAUGCUGGUCCAUCUCUCCUUUCUCUUUUCAUGCACCUCUGUGUGUCUGCCUAUCUGUCUGUCUCUCCAGCCUUGCUCCCCUGCAUUCAGGAAAUCCUCCCCACACGAGCCGAUCAGUUAAGCACGGUCUGAGCGCAAGCUAGUCACAGAGCCGCUGAAAUCCAGGCAGCAAAAAAAAAAAAACACCCCACCCCCCCAUGUGCCUUUGUGUUUCUGGGGUUAGGCUAUUGAUGAAUUAACUGAUCUGAUGAACUAACAAACAGCAAUCAACUGCUGCAGCGUUCAUGCAAGCCAACACACGCGCACAGACUCAUACGCACACAUGCAUGGACAAAGAGGAUCUCUCUGAGAAACUGAGGUACGUAUGUCCAGACCGACAUUUCCAUGUUUCUGCAUACGCCACUCCAGCACAAAUGAGCCUUUUGGCACAUUUGUGAAAAAAAAAAGCAGAGGUACAGCAACAGCCCAAACAAAGCAUUGGGGGGAGGGAGGGGUGUAAUAGACGAAACAAUCCCAAACAAAUCCUGCACCAGUGCGCCACUUCCUAAAGGGCCAGAAAUGGAUCCUGGUGUUCCGAAACAAACGGCGGUGAGAAAACUCAAGCGAGAAAGGAUUCCUGGACGUCUUGCAGCCCCCUUGCUGCUGCUCUCCUCUUCUGGAUUUUUCCAAACUGGAUAAAAGUUUUUUGGUACCUUAUUUUUUACUGUUUUUGCUUUUUUUUUUUAACUGUCCAUUCAUUUUUGUGCUCUAUAGUAAGAAAAGGGAGAAACUGGGGAUUUGGAGAUAGAGCCCCCCCCCUCCUAAAAAAAAACACUAGGCAAAAAAAAAAAGUAAUCAGUAAAGAAUAAAAAAAAUUCAGAGCAACAUUCAGAUGAACAAACUGGAGAAACCCAGCGUGCCAGCAAAUCUCGAGUUCUGAUUCUCGUGGACCUGGUUGGCAGGGCAACAAGCUACUCGUGCAGCACAUCCCACCCGGCUUCUCUCCUGUUUGGUAGUCACAGCUGUGGAUUCCAAUUCUGAACUGCAUUGCUUCCACCAGGCCUUCAGCUCCUUGUUUGCACCUCUGCAUUCAGGCCUCCAGCAGCCCCGAUCCUGCCGUGGGAUUGCUGCUCUGCUGUCCUGAGCUGGGCUGCCACUGUUGUGUGGAUUGAGAGGACUGUCUGAAUUACUCCGGUCAGCUAGCUCCACAGCCCUCAUCGCCUCCUGUUGCAGUCAAGAGGACCUCUUGAUUUAUUCUGUGGCGACAGCGAGGCUGCAAACCGACCAUUCUCCAUGAGGAGGAGAAGAAGAUGCCGGCUCUGCCAGCACUGCUGCUGCUGACAAUUCACCUUUUGUUCUUGUUAUUGAUGAUGGUUCCACCCCAUUACAGUCAAGGGGCCACACUUUCGUCUCUCAGAAUGGCUGCUAUCCUGGAUGACCAGACUGUGUGUGGCCGAGGAGAAAGGCUGGCACUAGCUUUGGCUAGAGAGCAUAUAAACAGCAUCAUUGAGGUGCCAGCCAAGGCACGAGUAGAGGUGGAGAUCUUUGAACUGCAGAGAGAUUCGCAGUAUGAAACCACAGACACUAUGUGUCAGAUAUUGCCAAAGGGAGUGGUCUCAGUUUUGGGCCCUGCCUCCAGCCCAGCAUCAGGGUCCACUGUCAGUCACAUAUGCGGUGAGAAAGAGAUUCCUCAUGUAAAAAUCGGUCCAGAGGAAACACCUCGGCUACCAUAUCUGCGCUUUGCCUCAGUCAGCCUAUACCCCAGCAAUGAAGAUCUCAGCCUUGCAGUGGGCACCAUCCUGAAGUUCUUCAGCUACCCAUCUGCCAGUCUGAUCUGUGCCAAAGCUGAGUGCUUGCUGCGCCUUGAGGAGCUGGUCCGUCGUUUUCUGAUAUCAAGGGACACUCUGUCCAUCCGCAUGCUUGAUGAUAGCAACGAUCCCACUCCAUUGCUGAAGGAGAUCCGUGAUGACAAAAUUGCCACUGUUAUCAUUGAUGCCAAUGCCUCUGUGUCAUACCUCAUCUUGAAAAAGGCUGCAGAACUAGGAAUGACGUCUUCUUUUUACAAGUACAUCCUGACGACAAUGGAUUUCCCACAGCUGCACCUGGAUGACAUUGUAGAUGAUAACUCCAACAUUGUUGGCUUCUCUAUGUUUAACACAAGUCAUCCAUUUUAUGUGGAGUUUUUAAGAAGUCUAAAUAUGUCAUGGAGAGAAAACUGUGAACUUAGUCCUUACCCGGGACCAGCCCUUUCUUCAGCACUGAUGUUUGAUGCAGUUCACGUUGUGGUCAGUGCUGUCCGGGAAUUGAAUCGCAGCCAGGAGAUUGGAGUCAAGCCUCUUUCCUGUACCUCUCCACAGAUCUGGCAGCAUGGGACCAGUCUGAUGAACUACCUUAGAAUGGUAGAGUAUGAUGGCUUGACUGGCAGAGUUGAGUUUAACAGCAAAGGGCAGAGGACCAACUACACUUUGCACAUACUUGAAAAGCACCGAGGUGGCCACAAGGAGAUUGGAAUCUGGUACUCCAAUAAUACAUUAGCUAUGAACGCCACCACCCUUGACAUCAAUGUUUCUGAAACUUUGGCCAACAAGACCUUAAUUGUUACUACUAUUCUGGAAAACCCAUAUGUAAUGCGGAAAUCCCACUACCAGGAACUGAAGGGAAAUGACCAGUAUGAGGGCUUUUGUGUUGACAUGCUGAAGGAGCUGGCAGAUAUCUUGAAAUUCAAUUAUCGCAUCAAACUGGUGGACGAUGGAUUAUAUGGCGCCCCAGAGUUGAAUGGCUCAUGGACCGGCAUGGUGGGCGAGCUCAUCAAUCGGAAAGCUGACCUCGCAGUUGCUGGCUUCACCAUCACAGCAGAAAGGGAGAAGGUCAUUGAUUUCUCAAAGCCUUUCAUGACCCUUGGGAUCAGCAUUCUGUAUCGAGUACACAUGGGACGCAAACCAGGCUAUUUUUCUUUCCUGGACCCCUUCUCUCCUGCUGUUUGGCUUUUCAUGCUGCUGGCAUAUCUGGCUGUCAGCUGUGUGCUCUUCCUGGCUGCAAGGCUCAGCCCUUACGAGUGGUACAACCCUCACCCCUGUUUACGAGAGCGUCGAGAUGUUUUGGAAAACCAGUACACAUUGGGAAAUAGUCUAUGGUUUCCAGUUGGAGGAUUCAUGCAGCAGGGAUCAGAGAUCAUGCCCAGGGCUUUGUCAACAAGAUGCGUCAGUGGUGUAUGGUGGGCCUUCACACUCAUCAUUAUCUCUUCGUACACGGCCAACCUAGCUGCUUUUCUCACUGUGCAAAGAAUGGAGGUGCCGAUUGAGUCAGCAGAUGACCUUGCAGACCAAACAAACAUCGAGUACGGCACCAUUCAUGGCGGGAGCACAAUGACCUUCUUCCAAAACUCCAGGUACCAGACAUACCAGCGGAUGUGGAACUACAUGCAGUCCAAACAGCCCAGCGUCUUUGUGAAAAGCACAGAGGAGGGCAUUGCUCGAGUUCUUAACUCCAAAUAUGCCUUCCUGCUGGAGAGCACCAUGAAUGAAUACCACCGCCGACUCAACUGUAACCUGACCCAGAUUGGUGGGCUGCUUGACACAAAGGGCUAUGGGAUUGGCAUGCCGCUAGGCUCUCCAUUCCGAGAUGAAAUUACUCUGGCAAUCCUGCAGCUGCAGGAAAAUAACAGACUGGAAAUCUUGAAGAGGAAGUGGUGGGAAGGAGGCAAGUGUCCAAAAGAAGAAGACCACAGGGCUAAAGGUCUGGGCAUGGAAAACAUUGGUGGCAUCUUUGUGGUGCUGAUCUGUGGGCUGAUCAUUGCUGUGUUUGUGGCCAUCAUGGAGUUUGUUUGGUCAACACGGCGCACAGCUGAGUCAGACGAGAUAUCUGUGUGCCAGGAGAUGCUGAAUGAAUUCCGCAAUGCCAUCUCGUGUAAGAAGAACUCCCGCUCUCGGCGACGUCGCCCAACUCGUCACAGUCGAAUUAUGCUGUCGACCUCCAAGCCCCUACGCAUGGUGCGAGAGAUGAGGCUGAGCAAUGGAAAGCUGUACAGUGGAGCUGGACCACUAACUGGAGGAACAACCUCAAAUCCUGUAGGGGGAGGGACCCCAGCAGGCCAGUCAGACUUGGGACCGGGGCCUCAAAGACUUCUGGAGGACCCUGUGGGCUCAAACACAACCCCUCCUCCCACCUUGCCCCUGUCCAGUACAACCAGCGUGCGCAGCUGCACUCACAUUCGCAUCUGCCAGGAAUGCCGCAGAAUACAGACCUUGAGGGCCGCCCGAGUGGUGGCCCCCCGGUUGAACUUGCCCCCACCCCCUUCUUCUUCAACACAUAGCGAGGGGAGCAGUCCAAGGAGGGUCGUGGGGCCUCCUGUGUCUUCUCCUGUGGACCUGAUGAGUGAGCAGGACUGAGAAGAACAGUGGAAACUAAUGCGCCUAGAGCGGGACGCUGUGGGGGCUCAAAAUGCUCUGAACUGGAAGUACUGGUUUCAAAGCGCUGAGGAAGUAGCUCUAUAGAGGUGGAGCAGUGACACUAUGUGAACACACAAACCAGCGAUGUUUUUCUUUUUGUUUUUUUUUUUUUUUUUCUCCGUCUAUGAUGUUCUCUUCUUUAUCUUUGCAUAAGAAGGUCUCCAUGUGUUGGAUCUUGCCGGUUCCUGUAGCUUUAUGGUCUCAUUUGAGGGAGCAGGGGCGCCUAUCUCUCUGUGUGUUGGCUUUCACUUAAAGGAUUCUAGACUUAGGGCUAAAUUCCACUAUCCAGAGUUGGGUUCAGUCUUUAAGAGAUGACAUUGCUUUUUUUUUUAUUAUUAUUAUUAUUAUUAUUAUUUUGAAAAAUGUCCGGUGCUGCAGAUUUUCUACAGUUAGUCUUAAUGACAAAAUCCGUUCAUCUCAUUGGUAAACAAAUGAAAACGAGCUGCUGAAACUGGAAGUGAAAUGAUUAUUAAGCGGAGGAAGGCAGAGUGGAUACACUCAGUGGGUCUCACUUGGAAAGUCAGCUCUUUUUCAAUGAUCAGAGUGCAUUGGGUUUUUAUACUAGCAGAUCAACAACAUUCACUUCAAGUGAAUAAGAGAAAGGAAACGAGGGUCUCGGACAGAGAGUGACGAGAAAGAAGAAAAAUAAAUAUCAGGGGCACGCACACAUAGACAGAGACAGAAGGUGGAGCCGUGCAUAUGGACACUUGGAGAGGGCAGGCUGACAGAGAGACGGGCAAGUGAAAAGGAUGACAUCUGGGAAGGUCUGACAUGAACGAGACACCUAAGUAGUGCUCUCCAGAUGCCACCUGGUGGACACAUGCAAAAUAUUUAGCACCCCACCCACUGCAGGCAGGCUGGAGUUUGCCAGCACCAAUUGGGCCAGUCUGACCCUCCACACUUAGGGUGCAAACUUGGCUCUGAGAAGGACAGUGAAGAAGCACUGACAAGAUGACCAAUAAGAAAGGACACAGCAAGCAGAUUUAUGAGUGGAGAAUCAUCAGAAAAAGCUGAAGAGAACUCUGGCACUGACUUUUUUACUGUUACCAUUAUCAUCACCAUAAUUGGUUAUUAUUAUUAAUAUAAUUGAUAUCGUUCUUACUCCGAUUUACACCGAUUCAAAGUCACACUCCGCUCUGAUGCUGGGACUGACAUCUGCUCUCCACAAACCUUUCCAGCAAAUUCACUUUGCCUUGUCACUUUCUCCCACCAGCCAGAGGCGGGGAGAGGGGGGCCGAGGAGCGAAUCUGAGCGCACCAGUAAGGAACAGCCCAGAGCCACGGCAGCGCAGCUCACAGGAGGAUGUCGGCCUAAUCUUAGUCUAGAGCGCCUUGGCAGAGGCUUGACGACGGCUGUCCUGUUAGCCCAACCCUUAAGGGACCUGAGCGGGCACAAACAUGGGGGAGUGAAACCUCUUUCUUGGUCCUUCAUUAUUUUCAUUGUUUCUAACCUUUACACCUCUCCUUCUAUAUUUUUUGGUUGGGUUGGGGAGGGCAGGGUUGUGUUUUGCAGAUUUCUAUAGUGCCAAUCAAUCAAAUAAAAGAAAAGAAAAGAAAAGAAAACGACAUCAAUGCAGAUUAUUGAGCUGGCAGGGAAGAAGUCACAGGUCGCCCGGUGUAAAGCAUACGAAACACUGACCAGUGAAUUUGGAAUAAAAAAAACACCCAAGCCAGCCUAAUGUGUCCUUUAUU